GCGUGGUUACGCACUGGGUGGAGUCGCCACACUCUGGUGUACAUGGACAGUGCAAGUGACCAUGAGCAACCUCAGGAGCUCGAAGGAAUCUUACCAGAUGCGGAAUCUGUAAAUUCAGAGUCGCAACCCCCGACUGUUCCUCCACCGAGAACGACUCCUGGAAUGGCAUCGCUGAGAAAACAAAGGCCUACUAUUCAUGUAGCAGUUGCUGCAGUGCAGCGGGUUGAGUGCAAUGAUGACUAUAACUCGGCUGACUAUGACGUUUGUUUGCUUCGCGAGGGAGAGUCUGCGAAGUGGCAUUUUGUUACUGAUAUGGUUAAAUCGGGAGAAAUCCCUGAACAAGUUGCACUAAGAGCUCUAGAAGAUCAGACGAGAUUUACAGCAUUGGAAAUUCAUUCUAUUGGAAUUCAAGCUAAACCCAAUAUGGGUAAACACGACAUUCUGUUGUUCUACUUGGUGGCAAUUAACAAGGACCCUGUUGGUUAUCCAUCAGUGGAGACUCGUUUUCAUAACUUGGAGGAUGUAGUGGAGAACACAGAUGAUGAUUAUGACAUGCCCUAUCCACAAAGGGAGCUUGUUCACAGUCUAGACACUUGGCUCAAUGAACGUCAUGUCAUUCCUUACGUGAGUGUUGAUCUACUAUUCCUGUGCAGUGAUGAACGGGAAGGCAUAGGAGGUCUAGUAAAGGCAAUUGUUGACAACCCACUCAAUCAGGAGAACAUCUACCCAUCAGAAGACAACCUAAUAUUAGCAGUUAACAAUCCAAUGUUUACAUUCGAUCCAGCAGAAGAAAGAAGGAUAAGCAGAGCAUCAUUGUCACUGAGUGGCCACUAACCACCUACUAGAACCUUGCACAUGCACAUCCAUGU